AUGUCUGCGGUGAUGAUAACACGCAAGGUGCGGAAAUGGGAGAAGCUCCCGGGGAAAAACACUUUCUGCUGCGACGGCCGGGUGAUGAUGGCCCGGCAGAAAGGUGUCUUCUACCUGACCCUCUUCCUCAUCGUCGGGACCUGCGCCCUCUUCUUCGCCUUCGAGUAAGUACAUCCACGAGGCAAGCUUGUUUGUAUCCCACCAGAAAGUAUUCACAAAUCACUUCAAAGAGUUUGUUAGACUCCUUUUUGUCCCCAAAUCCACAAUGUUUCCAAUCAGGUACACUGGCUAACUUUGAAGUUACAACGAUUGGUCGAUUAAUCGUUAGCUAGUUGAUUAACCGAUAACAGAGAACACUAGCCUAACUGGAACUUAUGUUGUCAUUCUAUGCCUUUUGCGAUCUGGGACCUAAACUGGGUAUAUUUUGGGGUUGGGCUAUUUCUAAUACUCCAUACUUGACUCUUCCAACCUCUAAAGAGAUAUACAGCAAUUUUAGAGCCACUAGUAGUUAUUUAAUAUCAGGAAGCUUACACCAAAUUAUUCAUAAAUCACUUCAAAGACUUGUUUGACUCUUUUUUCAUCCACAAAUCCACAAUGUUUCGACAGCAGAUAAUACUAUAUUGAAUCAGGUACAUUGGCUAACUUUGAAGUUACAACGAUUGGUCGAUUAAUCGUUAGCUAGUUGAUUAACCGAUAACAGAGAACACUAGCCUAACUGGAACUUAUGUUGUCAUUCUAUGCCUUUUGCGAUCUGGGACCUAAACUGGGUAUAUUUUGGGGUUGGGCUAUUUCUAAUACUCCAUACUUGACUCUUCCAACCUCUAAAGAGAUAUACAGCAAUUUUAGAGCCACUAGUAGUUAUUUAAUAUCAGGAAGCUUACACCAAAUUAUUCAUAAAUCACUUCAAAGACUUGUUUGACUCUUUUUUCAUCCACAAAUCCACAAUGUUUCGACAGCAGAUAAUACUAUAUUGAAUCAGGUACAUUGGCUAACUUUGAAGUUACAACGAUUGGUCAAUUAAUCGUUAGCUAGUUGAAUAACCGAUAACAGAGAACACUAGCCAAGCCGGAACUUAAGUUGUCAUUCUAUGCCUUUUGCAAUCUGGGACCUAAACCGAAUAUAUUUUUGGGUUUGGCUAUUUCUAAUACUUCAUACUUGACUCUUCUUACCUCCAAAGAUAUAAACGGCAAUUUUAGAGCCACAAGUAGUUAUUUAAUAUCAGCAAGCUUAGACCAAAGUGUGUUAAAAAAAAAUCAAUUUUAAAAUAAUAAUAGAUUUUAGAGAGUGACAUAUAUUACAAAGAAAAUACAUUUUUUUUUGUUUUUUUGCAUUUGUAGGAAGUUAUUUAUUAGAUUAUCAAAAAGUUUUUGAUAAAUGUUUUGAUAAUACUGGUUAGUUGAGCUUCUAACUCUUCACGUGACUUGAUCCUCAGUCUUGUGUACGGCCUUUAUCUAUAACAGUCAAAAGAUUAUAAAACUCCAGACACACUGUGGAUCCACGCCUUGGUUACUGAAUAUUCAGCCUCUGUCAGAGCACAGGUUUAUGAUUGACCACAUACUGAGGUGUUCAAUAUUUAAUAACCCUAGCUGUCCGUGUUUUUGCCCCUACUCCAAGACAGAAAGGCUGCUAUUUUUGUUGUCUCAGCAGUUCUGUCUCAGCCAGUCACUACACGGAUGGCCCAAUGCACUCAUUAGCUCUGCAAACACUGCUGGGCUGUUAGGAUGCAGCGUGUACUCCCAAAUCCUGUUAGUUUGGGCUGCAGAGAGGAUGGGUCUUACAAUAAAAAAACAUGGCUUUGAAUGCUGAUCAGACAGCAGUGCUGCUUCUCAUCUUGAUCACUCUCGUUUUCUAUCUCUUUCUUUGUUAAUUCUCUCUGUUUUUGUCUUACAAAUCAGGUACAAUGAUGAGCACAAAAUCCUGUAGCACAGUAACCUCUCUUUGCUGUGGGUGUGUAUGCAGUUACUGAGCCAAAUGGAUUCAGAGCAUAGCAGAGAGGAGAAGUAACUGCUCUCACAUCUUGCCAGGCCCUUCCCUUCGCUAUCUGCUCUGCACUUUAAUGGCCUCCAGCUUUCCUUCUACUCUGGACAGAAGCAGCUGUUGUCCGAGAUGAUACUGCUCACACUGGACAUGCAGAGCCCAGAGGAGGCAUUGCAGUGACUAAUGGCUAAAAAGUUGUUAGCAUGCCACGUUCAUAUUACAACAGAACAUAAUUAUCUCUCACAGGGGGGUGGAUAUUAACGUGGAGACUGAACCCUGACAGCUUGGGGAUACUUUUCAAACUCGCCCAUUAAGCAGCAAGUUGAUACAUAUCUGAUUUAGACCUCUGACAGGGUAAUAGCCCUCUGCAUAAAAGCUCUGAGGUUUACUGCCCAUUCCCAAACAUGCUCUACAGCGUUAGAACAAUAAGCCUGGCAAUUCUUCAUAUCACUUUUGUUGUAAUUAAAUUUACUUAUGGGUUUGUAUUAUGGGUUCAUCCUUUUUCUGUAUGACCUGAAUAGAAGUUCAAACAGCUUAAGGUUUAUAUGCUAUAUGACUCGCCCAAAUAUAGGACUCAAACACAGAGAUAUUCAGUUUUUCCCAUGAUGCCACCCAAGGAAACUUAAUGCUUUUGCCAUAUCAUUAACAAGCAUGUGCCAGAAAUCUUGUCUGAGCUUGAUUUGAUAUGAUAUGUGUUAUCUUGUCGUCUUGGGUGUUGCUCUUGCUAUUCAAAGUGUAUUAAACACAGCUGGGCGGUUCAUGAGAAAGCUGAUCUUUGAGAACUACAGUACAGUCGAAUCAGAAUUUUGGGAAAUGUAUAUGAAAAUACUUCUCUGUGCCUCAUUAAAAACAAUAAAAUGAUUGGUCUUUCAUGACUGGAUACUCCUAAAGUUGAAAAUGAAGAUGAUGAAGGAGUGUGCUAAUCUGCAGAUCCUCAUAUGUCCUCUUAAGGCUGGACUCUUAACACUCGUAUUAAGAUUACUGUUUUUACUGCAUCUAAACAUGCUUACAGCUUUAGUAGAUGCCUUGUAUGAGGUUAUGCAAGGCAGCUUAAGGGACCCUCAACUCUGUAUUUGUUUUGUAUUUGUUUUGAGGUUGACCAAAAGCUGGGAUGAGUCAGAUUUUCCAGUAUGAUGUCCAGCAUUGUUUGGCUUCAAAGUACCUCUUAAAAAACCAUUAGAUGACGUCACUGAGACUGUUUUCAUGUUUAUACAGCCUAUGGUCCAACAUCAUGUCAGAUAGUUCUCUAUGUGAAUGGAGGGAGGCUUGCAACUAUCAGUCAGAGCAGUCAGAAUUGAGAUACAAUAUAGGUUUAUGCAUUCAUACAAACAACACCUGACUUUAAUCAUAUACUGCCACUGAUGGAUCAAAAUACUUCGCCUCAGGGUUGUACUAAACCCUAAGCCAGUCUUGCAUGUGCAAAGCAUGUGUGAAACUAAUGAAAAAUAUCAUAUCCUUAAAACAUCUUUUCAUUAGUUAUUCCCUACUCUUGCAUAUCAGCUUGAUUUCAUUAUCACUUGACUCAGGCUGUAGCCUAACAGAGCUAUUAGUACAGCUGUCGACUCUGAGUUGUUGUAUCAGCUAACAGCUCAGAGUGGAUUGUUCCAGUCAUUAUGUGUGAAAGAUGAGUCAAACCGGUGAUCAGACUUAAAAAUAGCAGGUCGUUAUUAUUCUGUCGAUAAACUAGUCAAUAAAUUGGACUAAUUCCCUAAGCUCCUGCUGUGAUUUAUACUUACUGUCCAGCACCAGUGGCGAUAGUUGAUUAAAAUUUGAUUUUUAAAAGGCUUUGCAUUGAUUAAAUACUGUACUACAGUCUGCAGCAUACACAGUGAAGCUGCAGAGUUAUAGUUUGAUUUUUAGAGGCACAGGUUUUACUGCAAAAUGAAUUCUGGUGCGUUUUGCUGUUGUUCAUCACCUUGGAGCAGAAUUCUUUCUUUAGAGGAUUUGUUCCCAGCAUGCUGUGCUAUAGCAUUAAUAGGAGCACAGAGAGGGCAGUGUCUUGGCGUGGGUUGGCUCAUUUCCAGAGCCAGUGGAGCAGACAUCUCACUCUUACUACCAGCCAUCAGCACCCUGUGCAGGGAGACCUCUCUGUGCUUUAAUUUGUACUAAAUUGCGGAAAUGAGCUGCCGAAUGCACAAUGGAAAGAUCCAUUAGGAACAGCUAAACAAAUAUCUCCCUGCGUAGGUGGACCUGGCAUGUUUUAUUCUUUACAGCAGAAUCCAUUUAAGGGCUAUAUGUCCUAUUUCUGGUGAUUUUAAAACCCACUUCACUUCUAAAUUGGCUGUUUUAUAAUUUCAUCUCACAUUGAUGUACAAAGGCCUUAGUAGUCCCUUUGCACAACAUGAGCAAAUGGCUUCCUCACAGUUUGAGGUUCACUGCUUUAGUUCCCAGUUGUAUUAGUUUAUAAGUGUGUGUGUGGCAUGCGUGCAUGUGUGCGUGUGGAUAGCCACCUUUGGAGCUUGGAUGAAGUGAGAUGAAACCGGAACAUGGGGACAGUAUGUCAUCUGUCUGUCCUCCCCAGGAUGCUGAGCAGUGAAGCCAGAGAAGCAUAUGUGCAUGUAGCAACACAGACUCCUCCUUUUUUGUCUGUGCACCUCUCUUUGUACUCAUACUCACAUUUGCUGCAAAAAUAGAGGCAUUCAGUAUCUGACUGACCACCCGCCCUUGUAAAAUGUGCAAAUGUAAUAAGUUUAAGUGUAGGAGUGAGCCUGUAGAGUGAGCUGCAAGAGUCAGAAGAGAUCCUGUAACAGACCCCAGAGUCUUCCUCAGCAUCUGACCCCACCCUGUCUCCUUUAUUAGCCAAUCAGGAAGCAGCCGCCCUGGCUAAAUGAGCAGUAACAUGAUUUAUGCCCUGUUGAGAUGGGGUGCUCCAUUAACAGUAACAGUGAUCUGCCAGCUUUGUUCUCUACAAGCUUCUUUACCAGGAGGAGAGUGAUACUUUGAUUUUUUUGUGCCAUCCUAGGAGUCAGAUUUGACAUUUUUUCACUUUCUACUUCUACCUGGUUUUGAAUAGACUCCCUUCAUGACUGUCCCUUCAUCCCUAUUUUUGUAUCAUCUGGCAGCAAUGAAAUAAUCAGAUGUUUCAUCAUUCUUCAUUUCACUUAGUGCAUAUUCUAUGACGCAACAUCAGUAAUCCUAGUUUUAAUCCCAGUAAAAGGACUGUAACCCUGCUCACCCAUGUGCCAUCUCUCUCAUAUGGUAUUUAAGUGUUGCAUAACAAGGAGGACUGAUUUAAAUGACACAACAGAUUGCAUCCUCUUCAGGGGCUUUAGGGUAACCCUCAUUUAAACCUUCUCUUUCAUUGGAUUUCACAGUUUGAGUGGAGGAGUCUGCCUGAUGUUUGUAGUUCAGUGAGCGGUCUAAACGAGCCAGAUAGUUCUUCUUCUCAUGUUGCACCAUUACUGUCAAGUCACUGAGCUGAAUUUUCGACUCUCUGAGAACAUAAUGAAAAAUAAACAGGAGGUAAAUAGAAAACCUAAAAGGUUGUGAAACUUCACUUAUUGCUGUUCUAAAGAUAUUUCAGGUGGAGCUAAAAAAAAACAUUUAGCUGUAAAGAAGGUAUCAGCUUGAGGAUGCCAAAACCCGAAAAACCAACUUUUAUCUCACUUAUAUCAUAAGUAGGGAUGGAAACUGAGAACUGGAUUCAGAUGAAAACAACUUUAAAUUACUUCAAGUCAUCAACAUCACUUGCCUCCAUGCUUAAUGGUCCUCAUAUCGAUGCCUUCCAGUUAGUUCUGCGUGCCAUGAUAUGGUGCAUCAGGAUGCAACCCAACCAAGUAGUAAAAUCAUGAUGUAAAGCAGACAGGGACAAUGCUGUUGUUGUAUACAAAACAAUAUUGUUGUGAUAACAAUAUCAUUGCGACAAAUGGAACAGAACGACACACCAACUUAAAAUGAAAUCUGUUCCCUUCAUAAGUAUGGUUGUCAAAUACAACAGGCUUUUCUAUCCCACAGAGAGAACCAGUGUAGAGACUGUCUGGAUCUGGACCAUCAAAAAAAGAAGGUAUUGCUGACAGCUGCUAUCCUUGUUUUGGUUUGUUGACCAAUCAGAGGCUAUGUCUGCGAUCAGCUGAGGUCAAGUCAGAGGCCAGGCUUCCCUGAAAGUUAUAAAACUUGAAUAAAAUCUGUGUUGUUGACAAAGAAAAACCCCAUACCUUUUUUUCCCCAAAAGAAAACUAAAGGAAAUUAAAGAAUUUAAUAGAUUCACAAAAUCAUGACAUUGGUAUCUAUAAAAUCUUUAUCACUUCUCAUUAACCAACUUCUGUUCUGGAAAGGUUUUCAGUCUGUGUGAUUCAGAGGAGAAAGAGCAAGUAGAGUUUGUGAGCUUGUUUCUUUAAGCACUGCCCCAGAAACAAAGUCACAGUCUACAGAUGUGUGUAUGACAGAGUGCUGUUUCUGAGGCCCGCUGCGAAUCUGCCUGCACAGCUAGUGCAUAAUUCAUUUGUAGUAUGAUUCAUGCAGAUCUGCAACAGCUUACAACUGUUAAGUAUUAAUCAAGGAAGGGCUUGACAUGUUCAACAAAGCUCAGAUGUCAUGAGUCAUCCAGACACGACAGGGUGACGUAUUAAUCCUGGGUUCAGGGGCUUUGUCGCUGUGAAGUUGAAUUCAGGGAUAUUUCUACUUUAGUAGCUUCUCAACGCUCUGCAUGUGUCGUUCUGAGUUAGGAGGGGAAAUCCUCUGGAUCAAAGUCUGCAGUAGACACACCCUAACCCGCCAUAGUCACACACACAGCAGAGUGUACUUUACUCUUUCCACACAGCAAAAGCAACACUUUAAAUGCUUAUCUUUGACAUUGUGUAAUUAUGUUCUAUUUUGAUUAUCCUUUAUGGCCGGCUGAGCGCAGGUUUUUCAGCCUUGAGGCCUCAUUAUUCAGCAAUAACUGUUCUCUCCUCUGUAUUCCAAGAAUUCAGGGAACUGUAGUCAAUCUCAAAUGACUUUGUGUCAGUUUUUUUACUGGCCCAUUAUGUAAACAAAUUAGAAUAUAGCAUAUGAAGAAGAAACACUCGAUUUUAAUUCCAAGUCUUGGAUGGACCAAAAUAUUAUGGAAAUAUACUUUUGUGUUAUUGCUGUGAAGUCUGGCCUUGACAAAACAACACUGAACAUUUAAUCUCUCAAAUACAAUGUAGGUCUGAUAGAAGGCAUAAUCAGAUUUUUUGCCAAUACCUUAGUAUGGUUAAUGAAAAUACACCGGGGUCAUUUCCAAUGGGUGGAGCACCAAAAUCUGUUCAGAAAGAUAUUUAAUAACUUUAAAUUUGUGGAUGUCUUCAAAUAUAAACAGCAUUGUUGUUAUCAUGUGGUUGGCUGAGCUGCCUGUUGGGUAAAGCCUUAGAAAUUAUUGCCAAACCAACGCUUUAGCUAUUUUGACUGGCUGAUGUUAGUGCAAUACUGACUAACAAGCUUGUGUCGAGCUAGCUGGUGAUAGAAUUCUUAAUCCCAUCAAAUAGCAAGCUGUUAUCUGGCAGUUAUUGCCUGGCUUUUUUUAUGUGAAAUACUGUAUUGGUCAAAACCUCUCAUGAACUGUUAACCCUUUUAAGGCCAAUGUCACAUCAAUGUCAUGGUAUCAGCGGGAGGCUAGUAAAGCUAGAGGCAAAUAUGACUAAAAUCAAACGGUAGACCAGCUGCUACUCCCUGUGAACAAAGGUGAUAAGAUCGAAGUCCACUCUUCGUAUAUCAUGUAUUUGCUGUUGAAUGGAUGGAUGAUGUUUGUUAAGGGUCAAGGAGAUUGUUGGAUUUCUCAGCAACGUUUUCUGUUUUGGGACAUGAACUAAUGUAGAGGACAAACUAGAGAAAACUGUUAGAGGUAGGGUUGUCCCUCUUGGUGCGAUCGCCAUGGUAAUAAGCCACAACUAUAUGGGUAUCUAAGAACUUAUUUGCCCUCAGUUUGGCCGUACGAUACACACUUGAUUUUUCUAUCAAUCAAUCAAGAGUAAAUGUCUGGCCAACUCACUUUUGGCAGUCCCAUCUAAUCAUUCAUCCACUUAGCGUAGGGGUUGGAUUCUCUUCUCCUGUUCGUCAGUGUUAAUUGAUCAAGUCACACUCAUGGUCCGGUUGGCCCCGCCCAUCAAAAACACGUUAUACUUUUUCCUAACGCCGAAAGGAUCUAUAAACUCUGAGGAGCAAAAGCAACACGAAGGGCAACUUAAAACUCUCCUUGCUAGCGUUGGUAGACAAGAAAGACCCCUCCCAUUUGUGUUGGGACAGUGUAUCACCUAACUCCGGAUUGAAUAAACAUAAUCCUUUACUUAGCUAAUAUCAACAGUAUGUGUAACUUGACAUGUAACAAUUAUAACUAUCUGUUCUGGAGGAGUCAAUAUGUGCACAGCUACUUCAUACCGCUGGAUCUGAUUUGUUGUGAGGCUCAGAGGAUCACAAGUCAAGUAUGAAAGGCAGAGUGUGAGUAAGUAGCGCAUGGGUAUCAUUUGGUGGUCUGAUUGAUCGCCUCGGUGAUGAAAACAUUUUCUCCACAUGGGCACAGGGUCUGAUUAAGUCCAGUUUCUGUGGUGACUGAUGAACACUCAGCGUCACCGAGCCGGCACCACCCUGCUCCUCAGAAACACAGGAAACGGUCACGUCCUGGAAGGACGCGGGGGCUUGAUGGGAAGUAAUGAUAGAGUGCGCCUCGAAUACCUACCAGUCAUCAUUACGGGAAUUACACUUCAUUGACAGACUGCCUCCCCUCAGUCUGAAUCCAGCAGCUGCUCUCAGCGCUAACAAAAGAGCCAAACAUACUUCAUAGGCUGCUUCAGUGGAAACCUCUAUUGAUCUGAACUCUGCCCCGAGUUUCCAUUAGCGUGAAAAAAGACACUGCAGGGAAACUGGUCAGGCCAGUCUAGCAGGUGUUGUGUGUAUGUGUGUAAGUGUGUGUGUAUUGUGUGUCGUGGUUUCAUCAGUGCUCAGGUAUGCUGAUACACCUGGUUCAUCUGCUGUAUAUGCUGUAACUGAACAGGUCAACUCUUUUCUCUGACUGUGCUGACUGGCAGGUGUUUACUUUGAGACUUUCUCUUAGCUGUGUGUGCUAAGAGGAAGAGGUUUGAGGUCUCCAAUAAGAUCACUUUUAUUAUCUUCUUUCCAAAUCUCACAUAUAUUUGAUCUGAGUAAUUUAAAUCAAAUUAAGUGAUAUAUGACAGGUCUGUGAACUGUUCAAAAAAAGAUCAGAUGCACUGUGUUGUCUUUGUUCAAAGUCAGCUCUAUUUUCCAGCACAUUGAUAUAAUAAAGUCUCUCUAAGAAUUUUUAGUUUGGUAAAAUUAUUGUUGUCUAAACCAGAAUCAAAGUAUUAUUAAAAACAUCAUUAUGUAUUUGUGCUACUUCAAAAAAACAGGUCUGGGUACACAAAUACCUUGAUGCCUCAGUUAUGUAACUUAAUAUGAAGCUGAUAUGUGAUAUGUGUAAACAGCCCUUGUCCGUUUGCUAUAUUAGAAUCUACAAUGAUGCACCUUGUGUGGUGAAAAAAUACUUAAUUAUUUGUUCUUUUUCUGCCACUCAUCCUUAGGUUUAAAUAUUCUUAUCUACUCCUAGUUUAAGAAACGUUUUUGGUGUUUUUCCCCAAGUUUAUUCCACUCAUUGUGAUUUUCAAGAAAGGGGGGAAAGCAGCAUUUUCUCUCAUUUAUGAGCAAAGGCAGUUUGUGGUUCUGCUUAAAAAUGAAUGAAAAUAAUUAUUUCCUCUUUGUUGACCUGCUUGCUUUCUGAUAAUCUCACUUUUCCAGCUCUGAUUACACUGAAUUGGCUUCAACAAAAAGAAAAUAGUGGAUAAAUGUAAUAAAGCCCGAGGAGUUUGAAUAACAGUUAUUUUCAUUUGAGAGCUUUUUGAUCAUGUUUAUGUCCAGACAGAGAAAAAAAGUUAGGAUUGUAAUUUGUAGAAUUAAGCACAGUUUAUCAUCCUGAGAGGUUUUGUUUAUAGACAUGUAAAAAGUUCGACAUACCAGUACAAUACCUUUCAGUCCUCUAGUGUAACAUCAGUGAUGCAUUAUGAAUAUAUGAUCCCGGCCACAUGGGAGGGAGAUGAGGCAGCCUAGUUUAAGUAUUAAUAACUUCACAUAGAAGCCUUCGGUGCUGCUGUUUCUGUUCUGUCGCAGUAUUUUGUUCUGCAGCUCACAUCUGUUAUCAAACUGAGCAGCAGGACCUCUCUCUUUCAUUGAACCCCCUCUGGCUCCUAUCUCGGUGUCAUGGCAAACAGGGCUAUGUUAAUUUUUCUCGGGUCUUCCAGAAGGCGAGGGGAUGUGGCAGAGUGUUGUUAAUUCAUGGUCAUGACUUCGGCACGGUCCAAAGAAAGGGCAGCUCCCGCAGUUCACAGCCCUCUGCUCAGAACAAGGGUUCAGAGUAUGUGCGUUGUCUUGUUUUUGCCCUCUGCACAUGCUCAGUUUGAAUCUAAUAUCAGGAAAAAUCUCAUAUCCAAUUCCCUCUUUGAUGUCUUCAGCGGUUCAUCACCUCUUUGAGAGACCGUCAUCUAUUUUUCUUAACUGAUACCUUUGUUUUACCCACAGGUGUCCAUACCUGGCUGUCCAUCUGUCCCCUGCCAUCCCAGUUUUCGCUGCCCUGCUCUUCCUCUUUGUGAUGGCCAUGCUCCUGAGGACCAGCUUCAGCGACCCGGGGGUGCUACCACGAGCCCUACCAGAGGAGGCCACAUUCAUCGAGAUGGAAAUUGGUGAGUUACAGGAACAGUCUGCUUCACAGGCUUUAUAAUGUUUUUAUUGCACUUACCUAGAUUGCAUUUAAGCUCUUUUCAGUCUGAAGCGCUUACCUGGACUACAACAUGUUUCUUAAAAUAUCCUCCUUAAAACCCCAACGCCCCUGAGUGCUUCAAAUCUUUUUUAUAGCAUUACUUGUGUGUGAAUAAUGAUAAUUAGAAUAGGUUUAAUCUUUUCACAACAUUACUACUUUGAUCUAGUCUCUCAUAGCUUUCACAACAUCAUUUGAGGAAACAUGGAGCAGGUAUUAUCAGUCAAAUAUUCCUCUGUACAUGAUCAGCUCAUCCACAAAUGCCGUUAAAACCAGACUUUUAUGUAACUUGAGAAAAGAGUAUUUGGAAGCUAAGGAGCCUGGUAUUGCCAUAUAAAUCCAGGAGUUGGUGGAGACCAAAAUCAGAGCUAAAACUGAGUUGGAAUCUGCCCAGGUUUCACCUGCAGCACUCAAGAUGGAUGUCUGAAAAUCCUUUCGAAUCAGACGAUCUUCCAGUCUGCAUAUCACAGUAACCUUUGGCAGAAUACUAUGUCCUAAACUGCUCUCAAUGGCGAAGAUAACAAAAUGUGAUUGUCAACAACUGUCAUCACAUGUUUCUGCUGCCUCUCUGAUGAGGGCUCUGUUGUAGUGUCAGUUUAUUGCUGAUAAUAAAUAAAAAAGGGGAAAGCUUGUCCAGCACUAUUUAAUUUUCUUCCACCUUUUUUUUUUUAAUAACACUCAGACGCACUUCAGAGUUGCUUCUGUUUUUGAGUAGUCUCACUUCUUCUAGAGUGAUUGCAGUCCAGCUCUUCACUGUGUGCGUAGAUAGUAGACGUAAUCAGUGCUGAUAAUGCAACCGGGCAUCUUAUCUCCACCCAUUAAAACGGUAGGUGACAGUACAAAAGAUCAUGACAGGUCAUCACAGGUGGGGUGGCGUCACCUUAAACUAAGUUGUUAUUUGUGUGGAAGGAUGUCUGGAGACUGUAUAUAAGUCAACGAAGUGAGGACCUUUUAAAGGCAUAAAUACUUUAGGAUACACACAUUAAGCAGAGAGCAGACAGUCUCAGUGCUGUUUGUUUAUUCAUGUUUGUUGUUCUUUUUGUUGCUGAAAGUUUUGUGUCCAUCCUGUUGUCUCAUUAUGCCAGGCGAACUAUACACGGUAGAACAAUGACAACAAAGCCUUUGCAAACAAAAAGAAACACUAAGCACUGCAGUUUCUAUUUUUAAUAUCAAUUCACAGACCCCCUUUAUCUGAAGGAAUAAGCUUCAAUUUGUAAUUUUCGUAUCGCUGUUUCCCAAUCCCCCCCGCCUGUCUGUUUCUCUCCGUCUGGCUGUGUGUCUGCUCUGUGUUCACUCUCUGUCUCUGUUAAAGAUUCACAGUGUCCUUCAGCCAUCACUCGUGCUCACUCGCUCUCCUCUCGAUGGGUACAGGGUGGGGGUCCAUCUCGCCUUAUGACAGAGAGGGGCUGUAAAAGUGGGGCUGAGGCACUCGGUCCUCAGAGAAUGGGUUAGCAGGCAGCCGGCACUUCUCUCAUCAUGAGUGUGACUCAUGUGUUCGCUGGAUGACGAUGGUGAUCUAACCAGCUGUGUCCAUGAUCAUCCAGGGAGAAUCACACCUUCUGAAUAUAGUUUUCAGGAGGAAAUCUCAGCAGUAAUUAUUAACACUGAUUUAAAAAAAAAAAGAGCUGCAGAUCAUUUAUUUAUUUUUGUGAAUAACAGAUUAUUUCAUUUCUCAUCAGUCAGAAUCAGGAGCUGUCAGAUCCCAUGGCACUCUUCAUAAUUAUGGACUUUCAGACUAGCAGUUUUUAAUCCGGUGAUAUUUAAUUUAUUAUUUUAUUAAACAAAGAAAAAAGAAAUGGAGCUGUCAAAUAGUGACAAUUAAAACAAGUUCAUAAUAUACAUAAAAGCACUUCAUUUUCAGCUUCUGCCUCUGCUGUUUUGAGCGGAGGCUUGUUCAGGAGGCCUUAUGUCCCGGUUUUCAGGGGUGACACAGCAGCAGUGUUUUUACUGAUAAAUAGAUCAUUGGUUUGACUUUUAGUUUUUUGAUUAAUCAAGUCCAAGUUUUUCAAGAUUUGGAAAAACACAUUUGUACAAAUUAACUUUGUCUUGGCACUUGCAGGAUCCAUAAACACUGUAAAGUGUUUUUAAUUAAAAUAUUUGCUUAACUUUAUCUAUAAAAGCUUUGGUUAGAAAUAAGUAAUUAAGACUCCUAGUCUACAAAAUUAAAUAUCCUGAAGAUUUUGGUCCAUCGUCAGUGCCUAAUAGAUUUAAAUGCUCAGGCAUUGGUUGGCAAGUUUGAUAAGUUUAUGUUUUCUUAUGCGGUAGUGUAAGCAUAAAAAGCCCAAGGAUAUAAAAAUGAAAAUCCAAAGGAGACAUUUUUGCUUCUUUGUCCGGAACAGUCUUCCUCUGAAUGAGCAUUUAAUCUAAAUAUUUGACUUAAACCGUUUCAGAGAAUCUAUUUUUAAGGCAGCCCAGUCGAAGACAAAGUCCAGAUGCUCAAUGUCAAAGAUCUCAAUAAACUAAACAAUUGAGUUUGAUGUCAUAUCUUUGGACAGAGCCAUGCUGGCAGAUUCCCCUUAUUUGGUAGCUUCUUCAUGCUAAGCUAUGCUAACUUAGCUUUAAUUUUACAGGAUUUUAAACAUUGUUAAGAAAUUCUCCAAAACAAGCAAACACUAAAUGCACUAUAUGCUAUUCUAAAUACCCUACAGCAGAUGACCGUAGUGCUAAGUCUGACAGCGCUCAUCCCACUCGUUCAGCUCUUUCACAGAAUACUUUUUAACAUGUUGGGGAUGCUGUUUACUGUUAAUAAUGUGGGGGAGCUUACAGCCACUAUAGGAGGCAGAUAUGGAUGUUUUAUUUCAUUGUGGAGCCCGGGCAGGCAUGUUGAUGAGGCUCCCUCUGCCUCGAUGCUCGGUCCCCCUCAGCCUGUUAGUGACUGGUCCUGAGGGGGAAUGCUAAUACGAGAAGCUUCCUCCUGGAAUAUAUAAUGCCACUCGCAGACACAGCUUUGCUACCCGAGGGAGUGGCAUCAUUCUCCUUGAGUGAUGACUCAUUAAUUUAUCCUCUGCCGGUUUACUCUGAAAGACACUAAUCCCGCGCGCUGUAGAUUCAUAAUGCAUUAACGCACAGAGCAUUUUGUGCUGACAGAUAAAAGGCUGUUUAUAUCCGAAGACUUACUUCAGAUAGUUUUCAUACAGGCUUGUAAAUGUGCUUAUGCAAAAACGACUCGUUCUGAUCCUUUUCUCUUGCCUAGAUGAUUAAAUUUCCACAAACACCACAUUCAUUAACUUAAUUUAUCUCCAAAAAGUCUAAUGAGCACGCUUGCUUUUCUCCUAUCACCUCUACAUUGAGGCCUCCCCACUGCAGCACAUUAAUGGUGAAUUUCUCCCUAACAGCUGCUCUCCUGAGAGACUCCAGCCACAGCACAGACGCCCUUUCCUGCAUCAUUAGCCAGCCGCUCCAACCUCACAGCCCCUGCAGUGCAACAUAAUCACAAAAAAUCUGGAUUGACAAGAAAUGAGCAUGUAUAAAAUGUGUUUGCACUGCAGACGCCAGAAGAAACGCCUGUGAAAUAUUGUCGUUUCAGUGCUAGGAAGCUCUGCCGGGGCGCAAAUGAGACGGGGUACAAACAUCUCAGAAGUGAUUACACGUGAAUUCGGCUUUAUCAAUACCCUCUAGAGCCAAUGUUCAGUCACUGACAUCCUCCAGGUUGAGCUGCCAAGAUUUACAACUUAUUUUUCUCCUGUCCUUGUCACUGAAUCUCACACUCCUCGCUGAGCCUUGAAUAAAAGUCCAGCAGGUAAACACAGUAUUUCGAGCAUGUAAUUUAGUGAAAUAGAGCUUGGAUAAAAUGUGUCUGCUUUGAUGCCAGUAAAGGUGCUAUUUUUUGAUUCACGCUCGGAGCUGAUGUUUGUUAUCCUGACACCUUUUUCAAACAAUUUCCGGUGUGAUCAUGAUCAUGAUUGCCAGCGUUUCCUAAUAAGUUUGAUUUUCUCCCACAGAGGCCGCCAAUGGGAAUGUCCCAGCAGGGCAGAGACCCCCGCCUCGAAUCCGCAACGUUCAGAUCAACAACCAGAUCGUCAAACUCAAGUACUGCUACACCUGCAAGAUCUUCCGGCCUCCUCGAGCGUCUCACUGCAGCAUCUGCGACAACUGUGUCGGUAAGACGAUGAGUCUAAUCUGCUGUCAAUCAUCAAAUCCUCAAAACCUGUGCAACAUUUUCAGAUAAAGAAAUUUGAGUGUGGGGAAAAGACUCUCUGUAUUGUUAUUACCGAAGAUUAAAAAGUGACAAUUUCAGUGAAAAGACAGGGUGCAAAAGUUGAGGGAAAGGAGCGCAGUAUCUAACCUGUGAGUGUUUUUAAAUGCCUUGUAUUUUGAGUGCAGUUUGACGUGUGCAUGCAUGUGUGUCAUCAGUCUACUCUACAGAGUUACAGUGAUUUGGCCGCUGAUGAUUGAGGAAUGCGUCUGUGCAGAGCGUAGUCUCAUAAGCGAUAUGAGAGGAGACAGUGGAGGCUCAGUGAGGAAAUAAACGCUCAGUCAUUGUGAACACUGGUUCAUCUGUGUCCACCUGCUGUAGAAACACACACACACACACACACACACACACACACACACACAGUUUCACACACACACUCACACACAUAGUCCAAGCAUGACACAGCAGCACGCCUCAGUCCCUCUCUUUACUGCAGUCAUAUCUGUUCCCCUUCAGCCUCACAAUAUUUAUCGAGGUUUGUGUCUCACAGAAAAAGCAGAAAACUGCAAAAUCAUUUCAUAGAUUCUAUUUGUUUGUGCCUGGGGCCUAUUGGGUUAGUUUAUUAUGGGAUGUCGAUAUGGUCUGUGUUUGGAAAGUUGUUUUAGCUUUGUUUGUUGCACAAGGGAGGUAAAGUAAAAGAAUAUAACUAUGUCUCUGAGCAGAUUUGAUGCUCACAUUGUAUUUACAUUCUUCAAUGGUUAGAUUAGAUUUCUCUUUAAGCUACUAGAUUGCUAUUAGUAUAAUUCAGAGUUUUGACAUGAGUACUGAGUAAAGGCUGUGAAGGGUUUUUGUUGUGCUGCACUUAAACUCAGAUGAGUUUUUACAUAAAGUCCUUAUAGCCAAAGCUGUACAGAAAUCUGUUUUCAUUGACAGAGGAUAAGUAGUUUGUUGAAUUAACACUAAAACUGAGUCUAAUUUAAUAAAGAAUGACACAAAACAAAUUCAUCUUGUUAAAAUGAUGGAAAGCAAAGUUGUGUAUUAAAAUCUUUGACUGUAAAACAAGAAAGUGUCUCUCUAGCAGCUCCAUUAAGCCACUUACAAACUGCCUGUUCACAUAACCCACCAAUCCGUCCAUUAUAGAUUGUAUAGGUGACAAAGCUGUAGUUGUGCCACUGCAGAUGUGAUAUGCUAAUACGAAGGCGUACUCACGGUGGAGCUUCAUUACAGUGUUGUUGCACAAUCGCACUCAGCAAAGGGCUUCAGGCUGCACUCAGUGGUGCUCAGAUGUACAAGCAAAUGUGUGACUCCUAACACACUUCAUGUAAAAACACAGUUUUUUAGAAAGCUCAUUUUUCUGUUUGUAUAGCCUGCUAUCUUUUUUCCAUAGACUGCUGAAGAACAUGAGUUUUGUCAAUUAUUAGUCAUCUUACUGUGAAGAAAUUUUCACUGGAUUUUGCUUUAUUAGACUGACUUUACACCUAAAACCUUCCAGGGAAUAGAAACCAGUUAUUUAGAUGUAACUUUUGUGAUAUAAUUGAUUCAAAAAGGGCAGAAAAUGACCUCUCCUCUAACCCCUCCCUUAACAAUGAUGCUGCAUAUGUUUACAGAUAGACAUUGCUUCCUCCAAAUUUUAGGGAAAUGCAUGAAAUGUUAUUUUCAAGGAUGUCAGUGCUGUUGAUCAGAUAUGUAUGUGAAAAUUGAGGGAUAAAAAUUGAUGCACUUAUUUCCAAAUCUAAAUCUAAAGACUGUACCGUCAUGUCUUGAAUCUCAUCCUCAAUGUUUACUGUAAAUUGUUGUGAAACUCCAUCCUGGGAGUGCAGAGUCGUGUCUCCUGUCUGUCUGACCCUGACCUGCUUUCACCUGGCUCUCUUCCAAACAACAAGAGAGGAGAGGCAAAAAGGAAGUGAUCACUAUAUUUAGACUGCAGGUUCAGAGGAGCUGGUGCACAAAGCUGCCUUUGCCUAAAGACUGCAGCUGAGACCGGUGUAUUUUUAACUCCUGUUUGAUUAUGAAAGUCUCUGUUGUCCUAAAAAGUUGGAAAGCAGCCUCUGGUUUACUUUAGAUAUCUCUCUUCUUUUUCGCAGACCGUUUCGAUCACCACUGCCCAUGGGUGGGCAACUGCGUGGGCAAGAGGAACUACCGAUACUUCUACCUGUUCACCAUGUCUCUGUCCCUGCUCACCAUUUACAUCUUCACCUUUGACAUCGUCCACGUUGUCAUGCGUGAGUAUCCCGUCUGUCUGAUCUGCAGGAAAAGAUCAUUAGGUUGCGUCAUGUGGAAGAAUGAAACAUGACGAGUUUGAAAAAUGUGGAAAAACAGGAAGGACGAGUAUGAAUACAAGCGCAUGCACACGUGCUGAAACUAUGACCUUACCCACACCAGGCUUUUCCUGGAGCAUGACAUGACAGAAACAGAAACAGACAGCUUGACAUGAUUCCUCUAUUUUCUUUGUCCUCCAGCUUCCUCCUUUUAACAAAGCUCAGUCAGGGAGAGGACAUAAAGCUGAGGAAAGAGAGUGUUUCUAGCCAGGAUAAUUAGCUCUGGGCUUGUUAUCUUAAUACUAAAAUUAUACGAGUAAGGUAUUUGCCUUUUUAUUGUAGAAAGAUGAAUAAAGAAGCAGCAAAAUGUCUAGAAAGUCGUCUGUUUUUAACUCCCCUCUUUGGUCCUCUGUUCACAGGUUCAGUGGAUAAUGGCUUCCUGAGCACUUUGAAGGAAACACCAGGAACAUAUCCUUUACUACACUAUAGACUGUCCAUCACAAAACAGCCCCUGGUUGUGCUGUGCGUGUUGUCCACGUUUCCUUAAAUAGAAAAUUGAAAAUACUUUAGAAGGACCCAGGCAGGAUUUUCUAAUAAUAGCCAAGCAUCUCUGCACAUCAGGACUGUCAGAAUAGGAUUUUAUUUGUGUAAUUUUAGCCUUAAUAAAAUCUCAAAGUCAAAGGGACGGGAAUGGAUUAAACAAAAUGUGUAUUUCUACGAGCUGCAGUCUUAAGCUUCUUUAAUUUGUAUAAUAACAUGCAGCCUCAGCGAUAAUGCAAUGUGACUUUUGAGAGUCAAGGAGCAUGACACCAUUACUUCUGAGGUUAGAGGCCAAGACAAAAAACCUAAGGAGACAAAGCUAAACAGAAACCCCUGAAGAAAUCAGACCUGAAUACUGUCAGGGUUUAAGCUUACAGAGAUGUAACAAGGCUGGAGUUUGUUCAUCUGUCAUUUAUUGGUUUAUAAUAUUGUUAGCUUAGCAGCCAAAUAAUUUAGUCUUAGCUGUAAGACUUGAUGGCGUUUAUGUAGCCAUAUGUAAGCCCUUAACAACCUUUAUUUUAUUUAACAACUUUAAAGAUCACAGAACUGACCAGAGGGAGUGUCGAGAGCUGAAUCAUGAAGCUAUCUUUUUUUGUUUAUUCUUUACUGGGCUAUAGCUGAUGAAAUAUGCCAGCAAAAUAUUGAUAGAUUACAGCAGGCCCAGGUAUAAAACUCAGCUGAAUUUCAGUCGGUUAUUUAUUUCUCUUUUGUAAAUGUAAAUCUCUUGACUCAGUAGCGGUUUCCUUAACCUGUGUUCACUGUGCUGGAGGUGCUGGUUUGUUUCUUCACCCUGUGGUCGGUGGUGGGACUGACUGGCUUCCACACCUACCUGAUCUCCCUCAACCAGACCACCAAUGAGGAUGUAAGUGCAACUUUUUCCACAAGUUAAAACAAGCUAAAUAUAUUUAAAGCCACAAAUAUCUACUCAGACAUCACAUAACUACAGACUAUCACUGUAUUUUUCAUAGUCUGAAUUAUACUGUGAGACACGGUGCUGCACUUUGCAUGUAUUUGUUUUGGCAGAGCAGCGUCUCUAUGUAAAUGAUCCACGAUCCAUGUGGUCAGGCUUGACUCAUUCUGUGGUUGGUGACGUUACUGUUAUUAAAGUUUUUCUGUUCUAGUCUAAAAACUCCUGAAGAUGCAGCUGAACUUAAAUACUGUACUUUAGAGCAGACUCAAUAUGCUCAAGUUAGAUUCAUCCAGAUGACAAGUUCAAUAUUCUUUUAAAGACUCUAUUUUGAUAAAUCUGACUGUUAUGUUUUGAGGGUUUUAAAAGCUAGAAUCCAUAAAAAAGUAUUAAUUUGGGACAUUCUCAGCUAAAAAAAAACGCCUUAAUGUUUCGUUUUUCAAUUGAUAAUAGAAAUAAUCAGCUCAGAGGAUAAAUGCCAGCUCCUGUGAGAAAUUUUGGUGCCUCCUGUAGACCAUCUUAUCCCUUCAUCCUGAUGAUUUGGCAGUCAAAUUUUUCAUUAAUGUGAAGAGUAUAAAAUCGGGGAUGUUUUCUUUAGCUGCUCAGCUGACACCUACACCUUUGCACCAGUUUUAGGCAUUAAAAAUUAGGAUAUAAACAUCAUUUUUCAUGUCCCGAUAGUCUUUACUGUCUUUGGGUAUCAUAAAAAGCCAUCAAUAUUAAUUUCACUUUAUUUCAUAAAUGUCAAAAAACUCCUCGCCAGAGCUUUAAAGUCCCACUCUGAUCGUUUUUUUUAUAUUACAACAUACAGUGUUAGCAGUGGUCUUUAAAUUGUGGUUAUUAAGUUUUUAGCCAAAAUCACAUUACCUGUGUUAUUUUCAAGGGCUUUUCUUCAGCAGAGCUCCAGUAGAUCAUUAGAAAUUCGCCUCUGAGUCGUGUGUGGAGACAGCGCUGCUCUGCACGCUUCUCUUCAUGCUAGCUUGCAGCCUAACAUGGCUGGUGUAGUGGAAGUGGCAGGUGGCAUAUGAGCUAUUCAGCUCUCUGACACUAUUGUCUUUAGGGACAUGAUGAAAGUUAAUAUCAUAAUUGGGUUUCUUAUGAGCAUUGCAAUCUGCUAACACACAUGCUUGUUCUGGGAUCGUCCUCUCUACUUCUAUGGGUCUAGCCUGCAGAGUAAGGUACUGGGGGCGGAGCUUGGAGUUGUGACAUAGGAAAUCCCCAGGAAAGAAAAGAAAUUGGUAAUAUUACUUAGUUAGUUUGGAUGUUUGCCUGUUGUUACCAGCUAUCAAGUGACCUGUUUUAAUUCACAAAAGUCUCAGGCCUACUUGAUACAAAGCCACAGUUGGUUAAAUGUGCUUAAAGUGAUUAUUUUUAAACAUAAAUGCAGACGGUAUAAGAUUGACAGGGUAUAAAAGUGCAGAUUCAAGGAUUUACUGUAGGUGUGGAUGUUUAUGGUUGUAUGGCUUCAUGUUAGUGGAAAGACAAACAUACAUCACACAUGUUAACAUUAUCAGGUCUAAAACCACUGAGCUGUUUCCUUGACAACGGCACCACCUCACUUAGUACUGUAGGACAAAGGGCUGCUACACCUCUGCUGCUUGUAUAACAAACUGAUUAAACUGUAAAACACAGCGACACAAACGCAGCGUUGUUAACUCAAAUAAAAAAGAAAAUAAACUGAAGUACAAAAAGGAUCUAUUUAUAACAAACAAGACAUACUGUACUCUGAUUUCACAUUUGUUUGUACUUCCUCUUUUUUAUCAGACUUUACAUAAGACCACAUGGAGAGAUUUCUGCCUUCCUGCUUGUGGUUUAAAUUUUAAUACAUCCUUUUUCCUCCAGUAAAGCCACUCUGCAACCAGAGAUCUCUUUACAAGGAAAACAGGGCCUAUGCAGCAAGAACAGUUUUAUUCUGCUCAUACAACAAAUUGGCUUUAAAAUGCUUUGAAACUAAAAGCAGCAGUUGCUUGGACUCCAUACAGCCCACCAAAGUCUGACAAUCUAAAAAUAUGCCUGAGCUAUUCUUUAAAGAAAACCUCUAAAAGGAGAUCUACGCACAGAUCCUGGUUUCUGACUGGAAUACCAGCUACGUUUAGGAGAAACUUCUGAUGCUAGGUGGAAGAAAAAUUAUCGGUUGUUUUACUUAGUCAGCGCACACACAUUCGGGCUAAUGCAAAGUAAGUGAUGAGAGGUGGAUGAAAGCACAGAGGGAGUAAUUUAUGUUGUGUCGGUUUGUGUAUAGGAGUGUUAACUGUAUGUAUACCUUACAGAGGCUUUGUUAGCUCUGAUCUGAUUGCAGAGGCUCUGACAAGAAGCAGAGAGCAGCAGCUGCAGCAGCAGCAGCAGCACAGCGAGUGCAUGUGGUGGGAGGAUCUGGAUGGCUGAAAGCAAGAGAGUGCACUCAUACUUUGUUGUAAUGAUUAAUUUAUUAUUCAUCUUUUUCCUUCCUGUGGGAUGUCUGGCCUCCUUUUUUUUCUUUUUGAAGCUCUGCAAUGUGCACCUACAGGAUGAUGUUGCUCAGGAGUUGAAACAAAUGGCUGUCAGCCUCGCCGUUUCAGUAUCUGUGAUUGGCCUAAUAAUAGAUGCAUCGAUACCUGCAGGGGCCAGGCACGCUGCCAGAAAAAAUGGUGUGGCACGGAGGUGGUAGGGAGAAGGAGAAAAGAGAAAGAGAGGAGAAGAGGGUGGAGCAAGGACGAACAGGAGAAGGCACCUUGAGUGUUGUAGCUGCUUGGGUCUCCCAUAGGAUGACAUAUGCUCUGCCAACUGUGUCUGCUACACACACACACACACGCACACAAAGUGCUCGAAUGCAGCACCGGAGUAGCUCCUGGGGAGACUGUUGACCUACAUCCACCGCACCUAAAAUAAGAGCGGUUGUCUUUGUCCUGCUGUGGGGUCAGUUGGUGCAAACUCUGCUCUGCACACAAACCUUAGUUUUGUUGGUAGUUAUGCGUGGGAUUCAAUUUUCUGAGUCAAUGUUCUCCUCUGCAUGUUUUUUUGUGGUUGUAGCUCGAUGGUACAGUCAGAUUCACAGUCAUAUGGUUGGCAGUUCCAUCCCUGCUUUUACAGUCCACAUGUUGAAGUGCUUUUGGGCGAGACGAUGAACCCCAAAUUAAUCCUGAGUGACAAAGCCAAAUAAUACCAAUGCUCAUGGAUACUUAACAUAAAAGCCUCUGCAAACAGCUUGUGAAAUAGGGAUGCACAAUAUUAUUAGCAUAGUGUCAGUACUGGCAGAUAACAGCUUAAAAAGUUAAUUAUUGGUGGUGGCAGAUCUGAAAAAUUCUGCUGAUAAGUUGAUGCAUUAAUUAUAUGGCCACAGUGACAGCGUACACAGGCUAAUUGUGCCAGCUGUGUGGAAGUAUUUCAUUGUGCCAGAAACAGACACCAGAUACAUUAAUGACUGUAUGUCUGAAAACCAGUGUCUCAUAAAGUUGAAUUAUCUAAUAUCCUACAUCUUCAGUAUGAACGUACGUGAGAGAUCGCUUGAUAUGUGGUGUAACAGCACUUAAAGUAGUCAGACGACUGGAAAGGUGUUAGAUAAGUAUAGUCCAUGCACCAUUGUGCCAUCUGUUGGGGCCCAAUAGAAAUAUUUUUUUGUAUUAUAUAUCACAGUAACUCUGAUAAAAGGACAAAAAAGUCAAAGGUGUGCUGUACCUAAUGUAUGGUUGUUGUUUUAAAAAUGUCUUAAUUGCCUUUUGUAUCAUAUUUGAUACAAACUUUUAUGAUACAUUUAUCAAUCAAUAUGAUCAACAAAUUACUAAAAAAACACCUGAAUACAGUCCAAUAAAUGAUAAAAAUGUCCUCUUGUGGUUUAUCAGUUUUAUUUGAUAAAUAAAUAUAUUUGUUAAAUUUUGAGGACAUUUUGAUUUUUUUGGUUUUCAGCAGUAAGUGAAAUAAACAUUUCAGCUCCAAAAAAAUGAAUUUUCUGGCCAUAAUUUGUGGUUUCAGGCAUUAAAGGGUUAAGUAAUCACUGUAAUCUGAAAAAUUAUGUGGUUAGGCUGGGCUUUAAUUCAGGUUUUGUGUGUAGCCUGAGAGGCAAAGCAAAGAGCCAAAAAAAAAAAAUCUGUUGACCUCAUCUACUACUUCAGCAGAGAAUCACUCUUGCAAACAUCCCAAAAUGAAAGAAAAUAAAUCAGUGUCAGAAUUUCGUAGAAAUUUUAAAAUACAAAUGAAAAUGAAGAUGAAAAAAAAUCAACUAUUUUUCUGUUUAUGUUUGAACUUGUAUGUGUUUAUCGAGAGAGACGAGAGAGUAGACAGUAAUAGGAGAAAGUAUAAAGUUAUGAUGCAGUAGUAUAUGUGUAUAUAAUGUAAAUUUUCAACCCUUUAAAAGUUGAUGUUUUGGGGUUAAAUCAUGCCUCCUUUUCUGUGACAGUCUACUGAACUACUUCACACACCUUGUAAUGUAAAAGGACUUUAUUCACAGUGGAUUGAAUCCUUUGUGUGAAUACUAAGAUUUUCAAUAAAUUAUUAAAGUAAAUUUAACCCCUAGUUGGCUCGCUCUUUUGUACCCGUUGGCACUGGGUUCCCAUUAAAACCAGGAAUCAUUAAAUCUCUGACGACAUCCUUUUUAGUAGGUCAAAGCAGAGCCUGUGGGAAUAACAUCUAAAAAUGGAGCCAUCCUUUUAAAUAAGGUAUAAGCUGAGGAAAAAUCAGUUUGAAACUUAGCAGAGCAGGACUGUAAGACAUCCAGGGUGUCUUUGGAAAUGUUUUAUUCCAGGUGUUGAGUGCUGUGUGCAUUUUGAUCUGAACAGAUUAAAGGAUCCUGGUCAGGGAAAAACCGUGUCCAGAACCCGUACAGCCACAAGAACAUCAUCAAAAACUGCUGUGAAGUACUCUGUGGGCCAACAUAUCCAAGGUAAGUCUGUCGGCUAACGCUGGUUGAUUUAUUCUGUAUGAAACGUCUGUUUUGAAUCAGAAUCUGACAGCCUUGUUGUUAUAUUCAUCGUCAUGUCCAAGUUAAUGUCUUUUUCUUUAUUCCUGCUGUUAUCACUAAGUUUAGUAUCAGAGCCUGUGAUAGAUUAGACUCCUGUAAUUGAUGUCUCUCCUGCGCUGAGUUCUGGUGAGUAACGAUCAGGAUGCAGUUAGUGACUGAUUGCCUCGUCUCCCUCUGCAGCGUCUUGGACAGAAGAGGACUGAUGCAGGAGGAUUUAGCUGUUUCUGCAACGCCUGAUGCACCCUUCUCCUCCUCUUCAUCCUCCAGCAGCAGCAACCCAGUGCCACAAACCACGGUGAGAGCACACACGCACACACACACACACACACACACACACACACACACACACACACACACACACACACACACACACACACACACACUGCACCGCCCAGUCACACAUCCCCAUUAAAAUGGACUGAGGCUGUAAAGCACUGGGAAAGUGAAUCCAGAGCAUACAUAAAACAGACUCUAAACCAAUUACAGGGAGUAUUAGAGAGAGGAAGAGGUUUUUCUAAUUAAUAAUCAAUCUUGUGACCAGGAUCUGGGACCAAUCUGAGGCUUUUUACAUGGUCGACAUCAUUUAUUUGUUCAUCCAAGUUCACAAGCUCUGUUUUUGCACUUUGUUGUGGCUCAGUGUGUCACCAGUGGCUCUUGCAUCUUUUCAGCGUGCUGUCCUCUGCCUACAGAAAACCACCGCUCCACUCAUCCCCAAUGAGCACACACCUGAUGAUGCUAAGCCGAGCAUCGCUGACACAGCAGAGAAGAGCCCCUCCCCCAAAGAGGAGCACCCUCCUGUCGAGAGAGUCCCACCCCUGGCUUCACCCGAGACCGAUGCAGAAACCUCCGUCGUCAAGGACAAGAUCCAUUAG